AUGGUGGCUGCGACGGAAACUAAGUCCUGGUUGGUCCAGAAGUAUGGUGGUACUAGCUUGGGAAAGCUGUUGGAUACGAUAUGCUGCAAAAUUAUUCCCCAAUACAGAACAGAGCACAAUCUCAUUGUUGUCUGCUCUGCCCUCUCCGGAACCCUCAAAGCUAGCGGGACGACAAGUUUGCUGCUUCAAUGCAUAACAUAUGCAGAGCAAGGCCUCGAUGCUCAGAAACAGAUGGUCGACCUGGUAGACUUGAUCAAGGACAACCAUCUUAGUGUGCUAAGAGCAUUUAUGAACUCUCCGGCACGAAUGGCUAUCCAUUCACAAGUUUACGAAGAGACGGCUUCCGGUAUUCAAAAUGAAUGCGAGGCCCUCAAGAGGUUUCUACUUGCCGCCCAGAUUGUUGGAGAGUUAUCAGCACGGUCGAAAGAUCGCGUCAUCUCCCUUGGUGAAAAGCUCUCGUGUAUGAUUGUCGCGGCUUGUCUGACGAGCAAUGGCACACCAGCGAAAGCAGUAUUUCUAGAUAAUAUCAUAUCAUCCGCUUUUGGCAACUCUAUCCACGACCAGGUUGCUGCGUUCGAAAGGCUCGGCCCCAAGCUCUAUCAGGCAUUGGCCAGCCAAAUAGCCGGACGAAUUCGAGAGUGUGGAAGCGCAAUACCUAUCGUAACAGGCUUUUUUGGUAUAAUGCCGGACUCGUUGCUUCAAACAGUGGGAAGAGGAUACUCGGACCUCUGCGCGGCUAUGUGUGCGGUAGCAGUAGGAGCAGAAGAAUUGCAGAUUUGGAAAGAGGUCGACGGCAUAUUUACGGCAGAUCCGAGAAAAGUGCCCUCAGCACGGCUCCUAUCAACAGUAACAGCCGAAGAAGCGACGGAACUGACUUACUAUGGAAGCGAGGUUAUCCACCCAUUAACAAUGGACCAAAUUCGGGACGCUGGCAUACCGUUACGCCUCAAAAAUGUGUUCAAACCCUCAGGGAAUGGCACCAUCAUAUAUCCAUCAAUGGACAGUUCAGUCCCUAAUAGUCCGGCCAGCGCAUCAUCUGAUAGCUCAGAGAACUCUUCCCGAGUAAUCACACCUUUAUCGAGCUUUAUGCUAGAGAACGGCUACCACGGAGCUCAGCAAGAGCGCAGGAAACCCACCGCAGUCACGGUUAAGGAUGAUAUACUCCUUAUCAACGUUGUCUGCAACAGGAAUACCAAGUCGCAGGGGUUUUUGACACAGGUGUUCGACCGUCUCGAGAGGAAUAAGAUCCCCGUAGAUCUAGUAGCCACAAGCGAAAGGCAUGUUAGCCUUGCAGUCCAGUCCCCAGGUAAUCCUACUGCAUUAUUGAGACUUAGGGAGGAGCUCGAACGAUUUGGUCAAGUUGCCAUCACCUCGCACAUGUCCAUCGUGACGGUAGUCGGCCACAAAAUGCGCAACAUGGUCGGCGUGUCUAACGAGAUCCUAUCGGCGUUGGCCUCGGCGCAGAUCGGCAUCCACCUAAUAAGCCAAGGCGCGAGCAAAGUCAACAUAUCUCUCGUCGUGGACGCAGACAACGCCCUCGCAGCGAUGAACGCGAUACAUAGCGAGGUGCUCAAGAUCCCGACGCAUAGGGAACAAGAAAACCGGUUCAUCCCAGUAAUGGCAGACACCAAAGGAAACGUUGCGCUCGUAGUCGGUGCCUCAAGAGGGAUAGGAAGACAAAUCGCCGUGGACCUAGCGAAGAACGGAUAUUCUGUCGUCGUCGCAGCUAAAUCAACAAGUGACGCCCAGAGCGUCGUGCCCUUCCCGCCGGAUCCCAAUUCUUCACAGUCUACUAUUAGUACUGUCGAACGGGAGAUCCGUGAAGCGGGCGGCCAAGCAACAGCCGUACCGGUAGAUGUACGGGACUUUGCCAGCGUGCAGAAGCUUGUGGAUAGGACUAUCGAGGCCUACGGCCGCCUCGACGUCCUAGUCUACAACUCAGGCGCAAUAUGGUGGGCCUCCGUCGACGACACGCCCAUGAAGCGGUUCCAGCUCAUGCAGCGCGUAAACCCGGAGGGUCUCUACGGAACCAUCCAAGCCAGCCUACCGCACCUUAAGCAGCACCAGCGCGGACGUAUCAUCGUCGUUAGCCCGCCGAUCUACAGCCGCUUUUUCCGGGGGAAGACGGCGUAUGCCAUGGGCAAAGUGGGCAUGAGCGUGCUGACGAAGGGGCUCGCGAUGGAUUUCGAGAGGCAAGGGUUGCGGGAGAUGGCGAUUACUAGUCUUUGGCCGGCUGCUGCCAUCGAAUCCGCCGCCACCGUCAAAACAACCAGCACCAACCCCUCCGAAGCGCGAGAUCUACGCCGCGCAACCAUAUUCUCAGACGCCGUGCUCGCCAUCCUACGCGCGCCCGCCCUCAGCGUAAACGGCCAACUCGAGCUCGACGAGGACUUCCUGCGCAGCGAAGUAGGCGGACGGAUCACUGACUUCUCCAAGUAUGCUGUUGUUCCUGGCUCGGAGCCUCGACGCAUCAUGCCGGCUGUGCUACCGGACUUGACGGUCGCGGAGCAGGACGAUGAGGGCAAGAGGAUGGAUAGCGCUGCGGAGAGGAAGAGGGCAAAACUGUAA